GCGGGGCCUGGCGGGGGCUCGGGAGAGCCGCGGGGCGCAGCGGGAGCUCCCUAAUCCCAUCUCGCCGAGCGAAAUUCCAGCAGCGAUGCUUGCUGCUCUUCCCCUGCAGAUUUGGAGGGGUAGCUCCCAGGUCACUGUCAUGCUCUGCAACAGCGACUACAGUUGAUGUGAACAUGCACUCUCCCAGACCCAUGAGGUGCUCCCAGCUGGACAGCAAGACCUCCGAGGUGACACCACCCCUCUGGCUACUACUAUGGAAUACAGACCAGUCCAUCAGGGAAGUGGUUAUGGACUGGGUUCUGGUUCAAACCUAGCCUAGGACAAUAGUGGCUGGAAGUUGUUACCAUCACAAAAACUACAAAUGCAACGGACACCUUAGCAGUCUCAGCAGAGGCAAAGGAUUGAGUGGGCUCCGGAAACUGAACAACGCUCUCUGCUCUCAGAUCCUCACAAGCCUCAUUCCACUUCAAGAGAUGGCUCAUCCCAAGUUUAGGAGAGAAAUAAAUCUAAAGAAGAAACUCUUGCAAUGUGAGACCCUACCAAGAUGAGAUUGGGUCCCUGAUGAGAUGAGAUUUGGCAAGAACCCAGAUGUAGGGAUGAAAAGGAACACCGCAAUGUGCCUAUGGAAACCUGUACCACAGAGCAAGCCUUUUCCAUGCGAUCGGUACAAACAUGCCUGCAGCAUCUGCAGAGGAUUUGUUUAUCUUUACGGGGGUCGGUGCAACAGCAGCCUAAGUGACUUCUGGCGGUACAAUAUAGCAAGCAACAAAUGGGAAAAACUGGAUUGUUCAGAAGAUGGCCCAGAAGAACUGGAAGAACAUUCAAUGGUGGCUUAUCAGGGCAUCCUCUAUAUUUUCGGUGGGAUGUUGGAUUCUGCUUUUACACAGGCGAAGAUCCCUCUCUGGAUGUAUGACAUUGAUUCAGCGAGAUGGACUGAGUGCAGGCACACAGCAGUGGAGAUUGAGAGCACUGCUCCAGCUAACAGAAAGGGCCACAGCGCAGUAGUGUACAAUUCCAGCAUGUACAUCUAUGGGGGAUACUUCGACAUCAAAGGGAUUUCACAAGAGUUUUGGGCUUUGUGUUUUGAUACAGGAGAGUGGUCACAGGUAUCUCCACUGACUUGUGACGCUGGUCCAGGACCCCGGCAUGGUCACUCAGCUGUGGUUUACGGCACGGGCAUGUACCUGUUCGGAGGACUGAUGGGGCUGAGUGAACAGAGGGACCUAUGGAAGUGGGACUUUACAAGCUGCAAGUGGUCCACUAUCAGAACAAGCCAACGUCCUCCAAAAGUGGUGGGACACUCUUCUGUGGUCUUUCAAGACUCCAUGCUGACUUUUGGCGGAGGGAUUUCAAACUCUAGGCCUAACAACAGCUUGUGGAAGUACCAUUUCAGUUCCCAGAUAUGGGAAAAACUGGCUAGUACAACAGAGGUAAUUCUUUCUUCUAAAAGGUAUCACCGCAUCCUGGGAAUUGGUGUUGGUUUCCAACUGACGCCAGGUUUCUCUGGGGUAUCCCCCAUCAAUCACUGGUGUCCAAAGGGGAAAGAGCCUCAAAAGUUGGCGGCGGUCUCAAAGCAGUGUGCCCAUUUUCAUGGCUACUUUCGCCAGCAGCCUGUACACCAACCAUUCAGCAAUGACGAUGGCAACGAGAUAGAAAUGAAAACCUUUAGCCAGCCUCUGGAGCCAUUGGGCUUUUGCUCAUUCCAAACCUCUUCCGAGGCAGAACUGUGCGCAGACAAAGCACAGAGCAUAUUUUCCAAAAAUGAGCAUCUCUCCCACCUCAUCGCUUCCCAAGAACAAGGUCUCACUGCCGCUGAAGUUACAAAAAACAGGAGAGGAACUGACUGUCAGCCUGAGAGACCUGGGAGCAUGGCAGUUACCAACCAUCCUGAUAUGCUGCUCCUGAUUGGGGGCAAGCCCCUGUCCAGUCUCUGUGAAAUCUCACUCUGGCAAAUGGAGCUGAACAGCAUUUAAAUGACAUACACAUAAGAAGGGAGAAGAGAGCCAUUCCCACCUGCUUCUCAGCAGAACUAACCAGGAAGUAUUAUAUUCAGUGGCCUACUGCACAUUCUGGGUGAAAAACAGUCUUCCUAAUAACUGACCUGAACUUUUUAUACAGUCGUGGUUCAUGAAGAUUAUUUGGCAAGCUGUGUAUGUGUUCAAAAAGAAAGUGAGGAGAUCCCAGAGAGAGAGCUUGCUGCAGAGGAAGACUUGGAAAUUGUUAAUAAAGAAUCUGCCUGUUUAUUUCUGCUGUGUUCAGGGAAACAGGACCUUGUGUUCAGUCUCUUUAAUGAAACAAGAUUGCACCAAAAAAAUAUUCCUGACUCAUAUUACCAAUUUAUCCUUCUAACUGAAACAAACCUCCAAGGUCCUGAAUAUUGGCUAAUUGUCUGGGCCAAGUGGGCAGCAGUAUUAUGCUAUUUAAAUGGAAGAUUUGGGGGUUUUGGAAAUAGAGACAGACCAGCAUACAGCAGCCAUAAAAUGAGCAAAUGAGGUCUUGAGUUGUAUUAACACAGGGACUGACAAUAACACCAAAGGAGUUAUAUUGUUAGGCCCUGGUGGUACUUAGACCCUAGUUGAAUACUUUGUGAUGUACUGAUCACCAUCCUGCAGGAAGUAUAUGUGGCCAUGGGGAAGGUAUAACAUAGUGCUGCAAGGUAGAUCCUAGGACCAAGGACAUGAUAAAAGGCUUGGACAUUUUCUUACUGGAAAAAGAGAGCUUUUAAGUGAGCUUUUUGGUUCAACAAAACUGACUGAGAAACUGUUCAUGCUGACAGAGCUCAAAAAUUGGGGCCAGAGUCAAGGGGAAAUGCCACUUCCUUUCUAAUUUCUGCUUUAAUCCUCCAGCUCUGUCAUUUUUAAAAAACUGUUUUCACAUACCUUAAAAUAGCAAAGUGCAUAUCACACAUUUCCCUUCUACAGCGAGUGCAAAGAAAAGAAAAAAAGCAUCUCCAUAGAACUCAGUAGUGGCUCUCCUGCAAAUGCUGGGAAAAGUUGAAAGGUAAAAGUACUGAAUGUACAUACACAAGCUAUUGCAAACAUUUUUUGCCAGAUGCUGCCAUCUCAUGGCCUGAACCUGAAGAGUUUGGAGCACCCUCAAUUGCCACUGAAGUCAAAGGCAACUAGGGAUAUUCAGCACUUUUCAGGAGAUUCAGUACCUGGCAAGUUCAGGCUAUUUUUCUCAACUUCAUGAUGUUUUUAAUAAUGUAUUUUUAUGACCCCUGAAUGUGCAACUUGUAACGAAGGCCAAAUGUAGCAUAAAUGAAUGAGGUGCAGAUAUAUGGCAAAAGUGUUUGGGCCCUCAUUUUAUUUAGGAUUUUAGUAUAUUUAAAAAAAUCCCCCUCCAUCUAGUUUCAUUAACUAGAUGUAUCACUUUUUAAAAUACUGUCACAAAACUUCUGCCUUUAUAUCAUGUAUUUGUCAGCCUAGCCCACAGAGCUAUUUGAUAUUUCCAUAUAAAUUCACUACAGAGUUAUUUAACUUAAUGGUUAAUCUUUAGCUUCUCUUAUUACUGAAGUCAAACUUUUAACGAUACUGGUAGCAGUGUUAUUUUAAUACCAGGUACUUAAUCCAAAUACUGGGUUGGAGGAGGGUAGUAAGUUGCGUAACCAUGGAAUUAUUUCAGAUCGCUGUGAAGGCAGCUGAGAUGUACAUUAAUUCCUACAUCUGGAAAAGGAACAGUUCUAACUACACCAUCAGAGUACAGGAGAACCUCAGAGUUACAAACACCUCGGGAAUGGAAGUUGUUU